UCUGUGUGGGUGAGAGACACAGAGAGAAGGAGGAGGGGUGUAGACAGGGAGAGAGAGCGAACUCUAGCAGUCAGAUCUUAGCUGUGGUGAGGACACCCAGGAGAAGUGCAUUCCUGAGCCAGCAAGCGAGGAGAAGACAGCAAGAUAGAGCGGAGGAGUCACGACAUCCUUUAAAUCUCUCCGCGACCACGUCUGACUGCCUCUCACCUCCGCUGGACUGGCACGCUCCUCGCGCACACCCCACAGUCACUCGCUGCCUCGCACACACACACACCAGCGGCACAACCGGCUCUGCUGCUCCGUCAGAAGUAAGGGAUUUCACUGUGUGAGGAAAAUAGAGGGGGAGAAUACAAACAGACGGAGGAAAUAAAGACACUGAAGACAAGGAUAAAAUCCUCACUUGAGUCAUUGCCACGCAGUGUCAUGCAGUGUUGAGUCAACCCAAGCAGAAGUGAUCUGUUUUAAAGACCAUCUUACCGUUCACCCUGUCCUGCCUGAUCCCAGAUGGAGCUCAAAGUGUGGGUGGACGGAGUGGUGCGGGUUGUAUGCGGUCUGUCUGAGGAGACGUCCUGCCAGGAUGUGGUCAUUGCUCUGGCCCAAGCCAUUGGUCAGACGGGUCGUUAUGUUCUGAUCCAGCGUCUUAGAGACACAGAGAGGCAGCUGUUGGCCACAGAGAGGCCUCUGGAGUCCUUGGCUAAGUUAGGCCAACAUGGCAGUGAAGUUCAGUUCUUCCUGCGCCGUACUGGCCCUAGCAGCAGUGAUGGACCGAACUCAAAACAAGAUAGAGCAACUCCCCUUCCUCUGCCCAAGCAUCCUGAGCCAGAGCCUUCCAAACGCAGCCAGCCUAAGAAAGCACUCACCUUUAACCUGGGGCCAUCCACCUCUCCUAGAUCCAAAGUCAAACAGUUUAAGAGGUCUCCUCGGGACUCUCCGGAGCAAAGAGCCUCUCCCUCCCCUUCUCCCAGCCCUGUAUCCCCUCAUAUGCCAUCCCCCUCUCCCUCACCACCUAUAGGCCCAUCCAAAGAGGAGGUCUUUAGGAAGGUUCUCCAGCAACAGGAGAGACUGAGGGCUUUUGAGGCCCAAUUAGAAGCCCUAGAGAGGGAGUCGCAUACCUUGGAGCGCCCCUACCCAUCUCCAUGCCCUUCACCGGUUUCUGAUGCUCGCUUGCAAGAAGAGAUGGACACUCUGGAGCAGGUUGUGCGGCGGAACCAGGCCGAGCUUGCCCACGAGCAAUACUGGGAGGAGGAGCUCCAGGCAGAGGUGGAGAAGGAGCGAGGAAUGAGGAGGAAGCUGGGCGAGCUCCAUGCCACGCUAGACGAAUGUGGACGGCGGCUCCACGAGUUCUCUGUUCGCUCGGAUCAGCUGGAGCAAGAGAUCCAGCGAGAAAGCCAGGCGGAAAGGAAAACCAACAAACCCGAGGAGUCCCUCGAAGCCGUGAAGGCAGAGCUCUGGAGCCAGGAGAAUCACAGCACAGAUCUGGAGGAGAAGCUAUCUGAGACUGACAAGGCUCUGGGGAAGGCAGAGUCUCUGCUGCAGGCCAAACAGGAGGAGCUGGAGGAGUUGAAUAAGGAGCUGAGGCAGUGUAACCUGCAGCAGUUUAUUCAACAGACAGGUGUCCUGCCAGCACACACCCACUCACGCACAGAGCUUCAAGAGCAACUGGAGCAGUUAGAACUGGCCCAUCUUCUGCAGGAUGGAUACAGUAAUGGAGGCCACGGUGUGGCUCCAGUGGAAUCACCGCCUCGUCCCACUGCCAAACAGUUCCUGGGACAUCCACGCAACCUACAAAACCCUCUAGUAUCCAGUCUCAACCCAGAGGUCCUGACAUCCAGAGAGUCGUCAUGGAGAUAAAACAUGGACCACAGGGCCAAGGGAAACUUGUUCACUGUUGUGUCACCGUCACCGCCUAUUUAACCCCUUUCUUUGUAACUCUUGUCAUUAUUUAAUCAUGAUAUACAUACUGUAUAUACUUAAGACAAAUAUAUUUACAGAGUUUUGCUACUGUAAACACUGCAAAGUAUCUGUAUGAAAUGUAAAAUAAUUUAGAAACCUUUUACCUAGAGCAAUUAUUACUAUUACUAUGUAUUUAAAUAUAAUAAAAAUGUGCAUUGUGUUUUAGAUAA